AUGGCAAAAUCCGCUCCUCGUGGACGGCGUACUCGAGCACCUCCAACCACCCCUUAUAGCAAGGGUGUCCUAAACUUCCCAUUGAAAGAAGCUGUUGACGACGGCGACAUCAGUGAUGCUUCUGACCUCAAGUGUCAUCACACUGAAUUCGGCCUGCAGACUCUUUAUCCUCGACCCACACAGGAAGACUGGAACAUCGAGGCCCUCGUCGCUCCAUCUCCCAGCCGCGGCUUGGAGCCGAAACCAGAGCUCUUUCCUGCGAAGACGGUCGAGAAUGCCAAUCGCAACAAAGACACUAACUUACUCAUCCACGAACACCCAGCCCCCUACGCAAAGCAUCCCGUAGCCGUUCCACCAAAAGGCACUGAACUUCCCGUCCACAUCCUCUCCUGGGACCUGAAUUCUCACGAGCCCGCGGACGGCGUCGCUCGGCGCAAAAUCCACCUCGCGGUCUUCAGCCUGAUCUCGUUUUUCAUCACACACCAGCGACAGAGCUUCAGCGACCUAUGGCAGCUGGAGCCGUUCAAAGUGGUAGCCAUGGCCGGGGGACCGAACGACUGCCAGCUCAUGUGGACCUUUGAUCAGCGACAGAAGAUGCAGCAGAUUGCUAAUCGGGUGGAGUACUAUACGCAUAGGCUAAGGCGGGUUCGAACGGAGAUGGGGAAGGUCUCGGAGGAGUUGGUGCAGUUUUUUGGACGGAUGGGGCUGGACUGUACGUUUGGGGAGGAGAUGGGGGAGGAGUGGAAGAAGUUUGCGGAAGAGAGAAGGAAUGAGAGCGAGUGA